AUGUAUUUUUUAAUUUGGGGAAACAAAGUUGUUAAUGAAGAUUUUAUUGUUAUUAAUGUACCUAAACAAACUUUGGAAGAAAAUGAGUUUAAUGAAUAUAAAAAUACUUUAUCUGAAAAUGAAAAAAGAAAUUUGAAAUUUUGCGAGAAUGAUUUUAAUAAAUUUGUUGGAAUAUAUAAAGGUUAUUUACAUAAAUACACCCAGAGACCUUACUUAAACACCCAGAGACUUAAAUAA